AGGCUAUAACACUGAGUAAUAACUAAUAAGCACCAACGCAGGGAUUGGUGCGCAAUACAGAAGCAGCAUCUCCAUCGACAGCCCCCAUGUUCAUCUCUAUAAUUCACCGCAAAAACUUCCAUAACCAUCAUUCUCUCUCCUCCCUUCUUCUUCUUCAUUAUCGCCAUCUUUCCACUUCCUCCUCCAAACUCCACACUAAAUACUCCUUCACUUCUCCACCUUCUCUCCACCCUCAAAACUCUCUCUCUAAACCCUCCCAAAACCCCCAAUCCCAAACCCUAAUUUCCGAAAAACCUCCUUAUCGCCCUCCAUCAUCUCUCGAAACCGGCCAAAAACCCUUACGAUCCAAUUUACCCUUCGAUUUCCGGUACAGCUACACCGAGAGUAACCCCUCUGUAAGGCCCAUUGGGCUCCGUGAGCCCAAAUACUCUCCAUUUGGGCCUGGCCGUGUCGCCCGUGAAUGGACCGGGGUUUGCGCUCCGGUGAAAAGCCCAAAAGUGAGGUCCGUUGAUGGAAAAGUGGAUGAUGAUGAUGAUGAUCCUAAAUUGGAGGAAAAGAAGAGGUUGAUGAGAGAGAAAGUUCUGGGAGAUGCAUUGACGGAUGCCGAGAUUAAGAUUCUUGUGGAUAAGUGUCAGAGGGGUAAAACUAAGAGACAAAUUAAUUUGGGGAGAGAUGGUCUGACUCACAAUAUGUUGAAUGAUAUACACAAUCACUGGAAGCACACUGAGGCAAUCAGGAUUAAGUGUAUGGGCGUGCCAACGAUAGACAUGAAGAAUGUGUUCACCCAGCUUGAGGACAAGACAUUUGGCAAAAUCAUCCAUAGGCAUGGUGGUCUUCUUGUUUUGUACAGAGGCAGGAACUAUAAAUCGAAGAAGAGGCCUGUAAUUCCAUUAAUGCUUUGGAAACCCCAGGAGCCAGUGUAUCCAAAGAUGAUCAAAACCACAAUUGAGGGCUUGAGCAUUGAAGAGACAAAGGUUUUGAGAAAAAGAGGAAUAGCUGUUCCUGCAUUGACUAAACUUGUUAGAAAUGGAUACUAUGGUAACCUUGUAGCUAUGGUACGAGAUGCUUUUCUUGUGGAGGAGCUGGUCCGGAUAGACUGCACUGGCCUUGACAAGAGUGAUCUCAAGAAAAUAGGCGUCAAACUUAGGGACUUGGUACCAUGUAUCCCUGUUACAUUCGUGAAGGAACAAAUUGUAGUUUGGAGAGGACCAAACUACGAACUUGUGGAGGAUGGGCUUUUCCGUACAGAACGUGAGCCAUUCGAGAAAACCGUUGAUGAUUUGGUUUGGGACAGUUGAGGACAUGAGCCUGUAUAUAAAGUCACAAAGGUUCAAGGGAAAUCUUUUGAUCCAGCUUUUGGUGGUAAAGUAUGGUAUAAGUGUUGUUGUGUAACAUGUUAGUACAUAGUGUUAGGAAAUUGCCAAUCAAUCUCCUUGAUGUACGAGUAGUGUAAAUCAAAUGGCAAUAUCGUGAACAAAAGCAAACAAAUGCGACAUUAUCAUCAACAAGAUGCUAUUAUUAUCUAGUCAUAGGGUUUAAUAUUCAGUGGUGAUUUAUUUAUUUAUUUUUAAGGAGAAUCACGACUGAAUAUUUGACUAUACAACUAGAUCAUAAUGACAUUUAAUUAAGAAAAUGCCAUUUGAUUUACAAGCUUUCUACAUCUCGGAGAUAUACCGGCGGCUGCUCAGAGAAAAUGAUAUAAAUAAUGCCUUAUACCUUUAAUGGAAGUAUCUACCUUCACCUUAUAAGGGCAUCUUCAUCUUUUCCCCACUUUGUUGUUAUGUAUAUAGGGAUUUAACCUCAUCUUAUUUCAGGCAAGAGCCGUUGUAGCUCUUGGAGAGGGGUGGGGGUCGGGGAAGGAGGGGUUCGGACUUUGAAGCUUAGUAUUGGGUUUUACGGCGGGCUGGGGUCCCAGUCAAGGUCUGUUUGAUUACUGCCAAACAAAGAGAAAUUGAUGCUCAAUGUCACAAAUGCUGUGUGAUUGAAGAUGCAAAAGAUGGUUUACAUGGUAAAUGGAGUGUAGCAUGUGGCUCAGUGGCGUCACUCAGAUCUGAUAUCAGGAAUCAGGUUAUAAUAUUAUGUUGGAUCUUUUGCUUGUAAACUAAUUUUGAUAUUGUUUGCAAAAACAAUUCUACACUCGUGCUCCAUGCUUUCUUAGGCUUAGUUAUUACUUUUACAUCUAGGCUCCUUUUUGUAGGGCGUAAAACAUUUUCAAUGUAAAAUGAUUUUCAUGGAAAACAAUUUACAAUGGAAAACACAAUUCCAAAAUUAGUUUUCCGUUGUUUGGUUCGAUGUAAGAAAAAUGAUGAAAUGAAAGGAAAAUGAAAGGAAAAGUAAAGAGGUAGUGAGAGGAGUGUACAAGAGAGAUAAGGAAAAUAGUUUUCCCUUCAUUUUGAAAGGAAAAUGGUUUUCCAUCAUUGGGAGAGUAAUUUUACCCCAAGGGAAAAUGGUUUUACACUCUUUUGUCAACCAAACAAUGUAAAACUGAAAAUAGAGGAAAACUGUUUUCCGGAAAAACGUUUUACGCCCUACCAAACGGAGCCCUAGUGUAAGGUUUUUAAGUAGAUAAUAUAAAAAUAAUAGAAAAAAAUUAUCAGAGUUAGCGGGGGGUCUAUUUCACGUGCGGUAUAAGAAAAGAGAGAGUAUCCAAUAUUUUUUAUGAUUUGACCAAAAUAGUACAAGUUAUCUCUAUGUUAUAAUGGGAAUUUGAGGACUUUGCUAUUUUUCUUAAAUGCCUAAAAUAUUCUUAUGUAAUUCAUAUUUAAAUUGUUAUUAUCUUAGUUGAAAUAAUUUUUUAAAAGUUA